AUGUUUCUCCUUCAACGCAAUUGCAUUUUAAGUUUUCUAAAGGUUGUGGGGUUCUUUACACCGUUUAUCUGUGGCCAACUAGCUAUUUCUUGAAUGAAAUAAAGAACAGUUUUUGUUAGCAUGAUAAUUGAUCGGUAAUAAUUCGAUCAGCACUAUGUGAAGUGAUCAAAUUUAUCCAUGCCCAAUUGCACGCCAAAGUGGAUAUACAGCCAGUUACAAACUACUUAAAAUUAAGCAAAUUGUAGCAGCCAUGCCAUGAUUCGAAGGACACAUCAGACAUUUCGUUUCUCACAGAAUCCCUUUUGGCUGCUAAGCCUUCGACAUAUAGGGUACCAGCUAAGAGGUAACAUUCGUGACAGUUACAGUCUACUCAAUGUCACCAAUGACAGCUCUGAUGAUGAAGUAAGGGAGGCAUACUUAAGACUGGCCAAAAUUUACCACCCGGACUCUGGAACCUCAUCUGGGGACCCUCGCAAAUUUAAUCAAGUCCGUGAGGCUUACAUGACCAUCAAGAAUCACAGAAGUUCAUCAUCAGGCAUUCAGGCGGAUGAACAACAAAUGGACAGUGACCUUGACUUUGACAUUCAGCACACUGUCCCACAACACCGGCAAUACCUCAACUAUGAUGGUGUGGGAUUUGGGACCCCUCUUCAGAGACAAAAACAAUAUGCACAGCACAGGGUCAGAAAGGCAUCAGAAGAUAUGUUUGAACUGAAGAAAGCCAAAUGGACGAAACCUUCAGAAUCAGCAUUGAUGAACAAGACGAAGGCCAAGGCAAGGAGAAACAAGAUCAGUAACACUAUUGAUCGAGUGGUGGAGGACCUGAUACAGGAGUCCAUGCAGCGGGGUGACUUUGAUAACCUGGCGGGGUACGGGAAGCCGAUCGACAACAAGGACCGCAACCCUCUGCUGGACGCCACCACCUACAAAAUCAACAAGAUGCUGAAGGACGAGGGCUUCGCUCCGGACUGGAUCAUGUUGGAGAAAGACAUCAGGGAUGCUUUAAUGGAAGCAAGAAGUCAUCUUGCUAGAGUUAUUGACAAAAUUGGAAGCCCACCAUUUUCUUCACCUGUGCAAGACAGAGCCUGGAAUUUUGAAUAUGAACGAUUUGAAGCCAAAAUUUCUCUAGUCAACGACAGUGUGAAAAAAUUCAACUUAAUUGUCCCUGUGUUAAAAAAACAACUGAUACCUUAUUCUGCGGAACGUGAACUGAACAGAGUAUUGGAGAACCACAAGGAGUAUUUGGCUGGUCCUCUCUCCAGGGAUCUGACCCCUGACCCUGGCCUGGUAUUUGUUGGUGACUCUUUGAGUGGUCAGGUGCCCCAAUCCAGUUCUCUUGAUAAUGUGAUACUAUGGGGAGAGGUCUGGGAACAGAUCAAAAGUUUGUUUUCAUGGAGGAAAACACAAGAACAAAGUUAAUACACGAAGUCCUGCAGUGUAAUCACAGCAGCAGAAUUAUUAAAACAAAUGCAAAUACAGAAUUUUGAUAGUACAUGUACUUGUGAUUUUAAAACGUUAGCUGAGAAAAUUGCAAAACAGAACUUGAUUUGAUUGUCAAAAAAACCUCUUAAAUUUACCAUUCAUGUAGACAUUAUAACUUACAUAAAUGUUAAAUAAGUGCACAGAAAAAUCUCUCCAUCCAAAGUUUGGUAAAAUCAUUAUCUCAGGGGUAGGGUGGGACUCAAUGGGGGAUGAAUUUUGAUAUAGAUUUAAAUAGAAAAAAUCUUCUUCUCAAAAGUCAUUUACGCAAGUAGUGUUGUUCAAAUCAUAGUCCCUGGGGUAGGGUGGGCCCACAAUGAUCAGUUGACAUUUUACAUAGGAAUAAAUAGAGAAAUAUCUAUAAAAAUCCCUUUUCUCCUAAACCAUUUGGUCAUUAAAACUGAAACUUGUGUAAAAGUAUCCUCAGAUAUUUUAGAUGGAAUUUUUUUUUUAAUCGAAAUCCUGAGGCUAAGGUAGGGCCAAAAAGGGUUGACAUAUAACAUAGGAAUAAAUUAGUA